CCAGAUUACCCCGCAGACAUGUGUUCCUGCAGCAUACUUAGCUUGUUUAUUCUUUAACAUAUCCGUCCGAAGAUAAAAUUAAGCUUGCCAUGCUUUUGUGCCGAAGGGACUUUGCAGGGAAUUGGCUGCGGGUGACUAGUCAUUGAUCCUGUUCAUUUGUACUUCCCCUCAUCACAUCAUCACUGUUUAUGAUGAGCACCCACCAGAAAACAUUGAAGGAUUUCAAUGCGUUGAAAGUGCCUAAAAGCUGCAGAUAUUUGUUGUCUGGUUGCUUGCCGAUCGAUAUCCAUUGAGAGAGUGAGAGAUAACAAUGGAUUUAUCCGAUCUGGGAUAUAUAAUGCGGAUACGCAUAAGUGUAUGAGAUCGUCGAAAUUUUUCUAAAAGCUUUCCUCGUCAUUAUCUACCUCUAAUUCUUCAUACUUACACCCAAAGUUUCAUUUCAAAAUGCGUUUUACUAUUCUCCCCGUGUUCUUCCUCGCCUCCAAAGUCCUUUGUGAUGGCCAAGCGAUCGUAGAUGCCAUUUCGGAAAUCUCAAAUACAACCACCUCUCUCAACCAAACAGUUUCUAGUUGGUCCGGCAGUCUUCUAACCUCCUUUCCAAUCGUCACCCUCUCCGCCAAACUUCUCAUCGACAUCAACACCGGCACCUGGGUCGCUUCUUCCUCCGCAAAUCUCACCUUGAUUGAAACCAUCACCAUCGCCACCGCGACGCAAAACCUCGUCACAGUAGUAGAGGGAACUCUCGAUACGAUCGUAUCUGCCAAACCCAAAUUCGACAAACUACUCUUCAGUCCGCUUAUCUUGUUGAAUUUGGUGGAGGAGAAGAGUGCGACGGAUAGUUUUAGUGCGAAGAUCAUUGAGAAGAUUCCGGCAGCUUUUCAGGAAACAGCGAGAACUAUUGUGGCGCCUGUUGAUACGGCGUUUGAUGCGGCUAUUGCGGAUUAUAAGUUCUUAUGAGAAGAUGAAUAAGGACGGAAGAAAUGGUGAUUGUUGGAUUGAUAAAGGGACGUUGGAGGCGAGAAAGGGAGUGGAGAGAAACUAGGGGGGUGAAGCGGUUUUUGUAAACUUCUUGGGUUCGAAAUCAAUCUUAGGUGACAAAAUUUAGUACUGGCGACAUUGAUACGUGAAGGAAUAUUUCUUGCGUAUUCAAUAUGGAGAUAUUAUGUAUGCAUUUGUUGAUUUCAAUUUCCUAGGCUGGAUCUCAUCUCUCCAUCCCUCUCGUCCAUAUUGCAUUUAGAUAUACUAGUCACCAUAAACCAACACAAUGUGCACAGAAGACUCCUGUCCAGCACUUGCAGGACCUAGCUUCC